AUUGGCUGGAGGGGCUGCUCUCCGCCAACCGCGGGGCCUGGCUGCAGGAAGUGCCGCGGGCGGGGCGGGGCGCUGCUGCCGCUGCGCGUGAGCGGCCGCGUGGCGGGAGCGCGGCAGACGGGCGAUGCGGCGGCGCCUGCGGUUGCUGACGGCGGCGCUAGGAGGCUGCGGGCUGCUGCUGGGCUCGGCGCUAGCGGCGGGCGACGAGCGGCUUUACGCCGCGGCAGUGAUGCCCGCGCUCCGCGCCGUCACCCCGGAGACCGCCCACGGCUUGGCCCUGCGCGCCGCCGCCCUCGGGCUUCUGCCGCCCGCUCGUCCCGACAGCCCCGCGCUGGAAGUGCGCGUCCUCGGGCUGCGGUUCCGAAACCCGCUGGGGCUGGCGGCUGGCUUUGACAAGCACGGCGAGGCUGUGGACGGUCUGUACAGGAUGGGCUUCGGCUUUGUGGAAGUGGGAACUGUCACGCCCGAGCCCCAGGAGGGCAACCCCAAGCCCAGAGUCUUUCGGCUGGUGAAGGAUGAGGCAGUCAUUAACAGAUAUGGAUUCAACAGCCAUGGCCAUGCUGCGGUGGAGCGUAGGCUGCGGGCCCGCCAGGAGGCACAGCUCAAGCUCACAGCUGCGGGGAUGCCUCUUGGAGUCAACCUGGGGAAGAACAAGAGCUCUACAGAUGCUGCAGCUGACUACGUGGCUGGAGUCCAGGCACUGGGCCCCUUGGCUGACUACCUGGUUGUGAAUGUGUCCAGCCCGAAUACUCCGGGGCUGCGGGACCUGCAGGGCAAGGCUGAGCUGCGGGACCUGCUGACCAAGGUGCUGGCAGAGAGGGACAUGCUGCCAUGUGAACAUAAGCCAGCUGUGCUGGUGAAGAUUGCCCCAGAUCUCACUGAGCAAGACAAGCAGGAUAUAGCUGGCGUUGUGUGUGAGGUUGGUGUGGAUGGACUGAUUAUCAGCAACACCACCAUCAGCCGCCCCAGCAGCCUCCAGAGCACACAGCGCCUGGAGUCUGGGGGCCUCAGUGGGAAGCCCCUGCGGGAGCUCUCCACACAGAUGGUGCGGGAGAUGUACGCCCUCACUCAAGGCCAGGUGCCCAUCAUUGGAGUGGGUGGGGUGAGCAGUGGCCGAGAUGCCUUGGAGAAGAUCCGUGCUGGAGCCUCGCUUGUGCAGAUGUACACAGCACUUGUGUACCAUGGGCCCCCAGUGGUGGGGACGGUGAAGCGGGAGCUGGAGGAGCUGCUGAGGGAGCAGGGGUUCAAGAGCAUCAUGGAAGCAGUUGGAGCAGAUCACCGGCGCUGACAGAUCGCAGGAUCAAGGUCUAGCCAAGAGGAGCCAUGGCAAAUGAUGGCAAAGGAGAAAUGGCUGUGAUGCUUCCAGAGUGGUUAGGCUGGGAUCGAGUCAAUGCCCUGGUUCUGGCCCUUGAGAAGGGUCAAUAAAUUGGAGCUGAGGCUGCACUGGUGGGAAGCUAAUGCCGCUGCCCAGGGCUGUACUUUUGGCUUUCCUGUCGGCUGUGUUCCCCAGCAGAAACCAGCCGUGGGCCAGGUUCCACUGGGGUUGAGAAGGCCCUGGAAGAAAGCCAGCUGUGGAAUGAUGGGACAGUGCACACCUUCCCUACAGUACUGACCAGAGCCCAAGCAGUGUGUUGGGUAUCCCUUCUGCCCUUCAGUUCUGGAACCUCCCUGCUCACUCUGGCUAGUGCUGGGUCCUGCACUGCAGCUUCCAGAGUGGCAUCUGUCCUCUCUUGCCCUCAUCUGCUGUCUGCACAGUGCUUUAAUAAACCUACCCAAGAGUUAAUAAACAUUUCUCUUACCUC